AUGAGAAUACCAAAGAUGAGUUCUCGUACAUACACAGAUGCUAUAAAUGCAUUGAAUUCGCUACAAUCGAACUUUGCCUCUAUCGAAGCAAUGAAGAAACUAGGACCCAAUGUAAAUAGGAACGAACUCUCAAUCAACGAAGUGAGAGAAUACACCGCCAGAUUAGGCUACGCACCGAGAGAUUUCAACAAGUUGAAUAUAAUCCACGUCACUGGUACAAAGGGAAAAGGGUCUACUUGUGCAUUUACCGAGAGCAUUUUAAAGCAAUAUCAGCCUGAUUAUAUUACCAAGAUUGGAUUAUAUACAUCACCGCAUUUGAAGUCAGUACGUGAAAGAAUAAGAAUCAAUGGACAACCUAUUAAUAAGGAAUUAUUCACAAAGUAUUUCUUUGAAGUAUGGGAUAAGCUUACAAGUACCAAAUCUGAUCCCAAAGAGUGGCCUAGCUUACAACCAAGUGAAGUAGUGAAGCCCAUGUACUUUAAAUACUUGACCAUUUUGUCAUUCCAUGUAUUUUUACAAGAAGGAGUUGAUACGGCAAUUUAUGAAGUUGGUGUGGGUGGCACUUACGAUUCAACUAAUAUCAUCGAAAACCCAACAGUCACUGGUAUAAGUGCUUUGGGAAUUGACCAUACAUUCAUGUUGGGAAGUACAAUUGAAAGUAUAACCGACAAUAAAACGGGAAUAUUCAAAAAGGGGAGUCCUGCAUUUGUCAGCGAACAAAAAGAAUACCCAAAAACACACGAGCUUAUUGAACAAAGGGCAAAAGAAUUGGGCGUUUCUUCAUUAAAUUUUGUUCACCCAAAUGAUUUGCCAGAUGUGGAAUUGGGACUUUCCGGAGAAUUCCAAAAAGAGAAUGCUGCAUUGGCAGUAAGAUUAGCAGAUACUCACUUGAAGUCCAUUGGGGUUGAUAGUAGACUUGAAGUCUCUUCAAGUGAUGGAAAAAUCGAAUCACUCCCCGAUAGAUUUAUCAAAGGAUUGAAAGAUGUCGAUUGGCCAGGAAGAUGUCAAGUCAUCACUAACAAUCCAUCUGGUAUCAUAUGGUAUGUGGAUGGUGCACACACCAUAGAGUCUAUAAACGCAUCUUCGACCUGGUUUAAGGAAGAGCAGUUGAAAUCGCCACUGAAGAGGAGAGUACUCUUGUUUAACCAACAAGGUCGUGAUAAUUAUGCUGAGUUAUUAACCACAUUAUACCAAACAAUAUCCGAAAAGGGGCCACAAUUAGCAUUUGAUGAAGUGAUCUUCACUCCAAACAUUACUUGGUCUUCUGGACAAUACAAUCCUGAACUAUUAGCCAAAAACACUUCGGAAGACGCAGUCAAAAAAUUGGAGAUUCAACACAAGUUUAGUGAAUUGUGGAAAGAGUUGGAUGAUGGGAAAGCAAAGAGAAUGGUGUUUCCCGAUAUAGAAACGGCAGUAGAACAUUUAAAGAGUGGAAAACAAGAGUUGAAUGUGUUUGUAUGUGGGUCAUUACAUUUAGUUGGUGGAUUCUUGGUAGUUUUAGAUAAUGAAAGGGAAUAG